UUAAAUAAGUACUUUUAGGGUAUUUAUAGUUUCCAUUCCAACUGUAUAAAAUAAACUAUUCAUGAAAUAAAGUUUGAAAUAUAAUGAAUCUUCAUGUUUUCCAGGUAAAAGAUGGCGCAGCAGCAGGAAGUGGAUUUCGAGGAAAAACUUUUCAAGGUUCGCAGUGAGUUUGUGGAGAGAGUUUCUGAGGAAAUCCUGAAGCGGCUCCUUGAUGACCUUCUAUCAGAUGGGGUCAUCACGCUUUCAGAGACGGAGGGUAUACUUCAGAAGAACCAAACCAGAGAAGACAAGGUCCGCACCACCAUCGAUGCAGUGAUGAAGAAAGGAAAGGAAGCCUGCAGAUUGAUGAUCAAACGUCUUCACCACAGAGAUCCCACUCUGUCCAAUCAGCUGGGUUUGUCCUCUUUGUCUCCUGUUAAAGAUUUUGAUGUUCGGUGUCAGAGUGACCUUAAAACGUUUCUGAAGAAGAAGUUCCAGAGUCUUUCUGAAGGCGUCGCUGAACAUGGAAAUCAAACCUCCCUGAUCCAGAUCUACACAGAGCUCCACAUUACAGAGGGGUUAACUAGAGAGGUCAACAAGGAACAUGAGGUCAGACGGAUUGAAACAGCAUCCAGGAAACGAGAAACAAUCAGAAGAGAAGACAUCUUUAAAGCCCCACCUGGAAGAGAUCAACCAAUCAGAACAGUGAUGACCAUGGGAGUGGCUGGCAUUGGGAAAACACUGUUAACACAGAAGUUCACUCUGGACUGGGCUGAAGGCAAAACCAACCAGAACAUCCAGUUUAUAUUUCCAUUCACCUUCAGAGAGCUGAAUGUACUGAAAGAAGAAAAGUUCAGUUUGGUGGAACUGAUUCAUGAGCGCUUCACUAAAACCAAAGGAAUCAGCAACUUUGAAGCGUUUCAGGUUCUGUUCAUCUUUGAUGGUCUGGAUGAAAGUCGACUUGAUCUGGAUUUCCACAACACUAAACCAUUAACUGACCCUGAAAAGUCCAGCUCACUGGAUGUUCUGCUGACAAACCUCAUCAGGGGGAAACUGCUUCCCUCUGCUCUCCUCUGGAUAACCACACGACCUGCAGCAGCCAAUCAGAUCCCAGGUGACUGUGUUGGCAUGGUAACAGAGGUCAGAGGGUUCACUGACCCCCAGAAGGAGGAAUACUUCAGGAAGAGAUUCAGAGAUGAUGAGGAGAAGGCCAGCAGGAUCAACUCCCACAUUCAGAAAUCAAAAGGUCUCCACAUCAUGUGUCACAUCCCAGUUUUCUGCUGGAUCACUGCUAAAGUUCUGGAGGAAAUGAUGGAGACCAGAGAGGGAGGAGAGCUGCCCAAGACCCUGACUGAGAUGUACAUAGAGUUCCUGGAGGUUCAGCUCACAAUCAAGGAGGAAAAGUAUGAUGGGAGAAAAAAGACAAAAUCUAUCUGGAGUCCAGAGAACAAGAAGCUGAUUGAGUCUCUAGGAAGACUGGCUUUAGAUCAGCUGCUGGAGGGAAACCUGACUUUCUAUGAC